AUGUCGUUGCUUAGUUUUCUUUGCCAAGUUGUAGCAUUAUCGAUCUUUUUCUUCUUCUACUUCUCUGAGGUGUGUUUUGCAGGGAAAAAAAUCCCGGCGAGUUUUGUGUUCGGAGAUUCAUUGGUGGAUGCCGGAAACAACAACUAUUUAGCCACAUUGUCAAAGGCUAAUUAUGAUCCUAAUGGAAUCGAUUUUGGAUCGGCUACGGGAAGAUUCACCAACGGAAGAACAAUCGUCGAUAUCGUAAUUCAGGCAUUGGGCUCGGAGGAGCUAACUCCACCGUACUUAGCACCCACAACAAGGGGAUCCAUCAUUCUCAACGGCGUCAAUUAUGCUUCCGGCGGUAGUGGAAUCCUCAAUUCCACCGGAAAAUUAUUUGGCGAGCGGAUAAAUGUGGAUGCACAACUAGACAACUUUGCAACCACAAGACAAGAAAUCAUUUCUUGGAUCGGUGAAUCCGCGGCGGCUAAAUUAUUCCGGUCAGCAAUUUUCUCGGUUACGAUAGGUUCUAACGAUCUAAUCAACAAUUAUUUCACUCCGGUCGUAUCAACCGUUGAACGGAAAGUCGUACCACCGGAAGUCUUCGUUGAUACAAUGAUCUCAAGAUUCCGGUUACAACUCACCAGAUUGUACCAAUUGGGUGCGAGGAAAAUCGUGGUGAUCAAUGUUGGUCCUGUUGGUUGCAUACCGUUCGAGAGGGAGUCUGAUCCGACGGCUGGAAAUGAAUGUUCGGUCGAACCAAACGAGGUUGCACAAAUGUAUAAUCUCCAGCUUAAAACCGUCGUAGAGGAUUUAAAUGCUAAUCUUGAAGGUUCAAGAUUCGUCUACGCUGACGUUUUUCGCAUCGUUUAUGAUAUUAUCCAGAAUUAUUCAUCUUACGGUUUUGAGAGUGAGAAGAUUCCGUGUUGCUCGUUAGUUGGGAAAGUAGGUGGGCUGAUUCCAUGUGGCCCAUCUUCAAAAGUAUGUAUGGACCGUUCCAAAUACGUAUUUUGGGAUCCUUACCAUCCUUCGGAAGCUGCUAACGUCAUCAUCGCCCGGCGUCUCCUCUCCGGCGACACCUCUGAUAUUUUUCCGAUCAAUAUCCGGCAACUCGCUAAUCUUAAGCUAAAAACAUGA